GUAGAGGCUACGACGUUCCAGUCGUUCUCGUUUCGUACAUACCCGUGCGUGUAUACACCCACCUGUGUACCUACACACGUAGUAUCGGUCUAAACGAAAGAGGUAGGGGAUCCAGCGAUCGUCGAGGGAGCGUCACGAUGAGGUCGAUCGUUCUGCUGGCGUUGGUGGUGGCGUUCGCUUUCCUCGAGAGGGCGGACGCUCUGCCGUCCGACACGGCCGCCAAAGAGGUGAAGGAGCCGAAGGAGAUCAAGGAGGCGGCGACAGCUUCGAAGGACGUGAAGGAGGCGGUGAAGGCGGCGAAAGAGGCGAAGAAGACGAAGAAGGAGUGCGGGAAGGACUGCUGGGACAACUACGAUCCGAUUUGCGUCCACGACCCGAACGACACCAGUGUCAAGUCGAUAACGUUCGGCAGCCAGUGCGCUCUGGACGUGUACAAUUGCGAAAUGGGAACGAAAUUGGUGGCGAAGAACAAGGGCGAGUGUCCAGGAUCGAGCGGCGUAAGGCUGUCCUGAACCUCCUCAACUCCUGACCUCCUCGCCGGGAUCGUCCGCCUUCGAGUCUGCGACUGCUGCGCGAAAUCAUCGUUCAUGCUUAUGUAACGCCGAGCUCGGCCUAUAGUUUUAGCGAUGCUGGAAAAUUCGAAUGGAAAUAAAAGGGAUUGCGAGAAGAGAGAACGAGAGUGAGAGAGAGAGAGAGAGAGAGAGAGAGA